UGCCAGUCUACCCUGUCGGGCUGAUUCUUUCAGUUUUGGAUCCAAGCGAAGGUUCGGUAGGUAGGUGGGAAAGCAAAUAUGGAGAUGAGGAAGGUGAACAAGUCUCUGGAGCUGACCCAGGACGAGUCAGAGUCGGUCUCGCAACUCGUCAUUCCAGCUACCCGAUACGGCGAGUCGAGCUUCUACGAUGCUUUCGCUCUUCGAGGCAUCCGACUGGACCGAGUCGAACCCGGAGUACUCGUCGUCUGUUCUUUCAAGGUCCCUCCCCGCCUCACCGAUAGAAGUGGAAAUUUGGCUAAUGGUGCAAUUGCAAACCUUGUUGAUAUAGUUGGUGCUGCCGUAGCUUAUGUUCCAGGCCUCUCUAUGAAUGUUUCUGUGGACAUUUCCAUCUCCUACAUGUCAACAGCCAAACUUCAUGAUGAGCUAGAGAUAACUUCAAGAAUGUUAGGACGAGUCGGAGGUUGUUCUGGAACAAUAGUCAUUUUGAGAAAUAAAACAACUGGGGAAAUUAUAGCUGAAGGUCGACAUUCAUUGUUUCGUUCACAUGUUGGUCCCAUUCCCAAACUCUGAGUUUGUUUUGUCUUUCUGCAAUUAAUUAUUUUUUUUAUUAAAAGCAUGGCCAAUUUUUGGCCUAGAAGGACAGAGACGAGGUUAUUGGCCCAGAUUCUUCUUUAUUUGGCCUUUUUGUGACUCGACGCUAAAUGUUGUAAUCUUUAAUUCAAAGAAAAUGUUAUUUCUACUCAAAA